GUCAUUUUCCAGUAUUUUAAUUUACCAAUCCAAAAGGGUAAUAUCAGCGCCGUGUAGACUAAGGAGGCCAGAAAUGGAGAAGAUGAGUGUAGUGAGAUCCAUAUGCAGAGCUACCCGUUUCAGAUCUUCAAUCAUUGCCGCCUCCAAUAACCAUCAUGUUCGUCACCUGUUAUCUUCUCGAGCUCUUUUCAGUUUAUCUUCUCCCUUUGCAUCGAUUCCUUCCAAAUCCAUCCCUUCAGAUUGUCGCACUCCUCUUAUGAUGAGCUUAGGAGGCACCCGCUCUUUCAGUGAACAAGUUACUCACAUGCCCGAAAUAAAAGAUCCAGAAAUUGAGCGUGCUUUCAAGGACUUGAUGGCUGAAAAUUGGGAUGAGAUUCCUGAUAGCAUCCUCUAUGAUGUGAAGAAGGCUUUGUCAAAAAACACAGACGACAAGGCUGGCCAGGAGGUCUUGAAAACUGUUUUUUGCUCAGCUGAAGCGGUUGAGCUUUUUACUGGGAUGAUUAUGAAUAUUAAAAUGGAAAUUGAUGAUAGUAUUGGGAUGAGUGGUGAGGAUGUAAAACCCUUGCCAGAGGAUUUGGACCAUGCAAUUCGUACAGUUUAUCAACGUUACAUUACCUAUUUGAAUGCAUUUGGUCCUGAAGAAUCCUAUUUGCGGAAGAAGGUGGAGACGGAAUUGGGGUCUAAAAUGAUUUUCUUAAAGAUGAGAUGCAGUGGCCUUGGUUCUGAGUGGGGAAAGGUUACCGUACUUGGAACAUCUGGUCUUUCUGGCUCAUAUGUGGAGAAAAGAGCUUAGCCCAAAGUUGAAAGGUUUACUGUAAUUGUGACUUUCUUGUGCUCACAUGUCUUUGGAUAGUGUGACUGUGAGAGAAGUAAUUUCUCAUGAAAGUUAUUUGGCAGUUUAAUAAAAGCCAGUUUUGAGCAGCAACUAUGAAUGAAUAAAACAUUCCUUUAUCGUGUGUUAUUAGGCAA